AUGCGGUACAACGACCCCUGGCUUUGUGGUUUUAUAGACUGGAGCAGCAGCAGGGCCAAACGGAGCACCAGGGACCAGGGGCCAGGGGCAGUGUCCCCCAACAGACCCCAGAGAGUUCGUGAAAAAGUCUUCAUCCGUGGAGUGGACUCAAAUCUGUGUGUUACGGAGGAGCUAUUGGGAUUCAAAUCAAUGCAUGGCACAACCACAGGAAAGGAAAUCUUUGAGGAGGUUUCCAAAUGUGUAACUGAAAUAAAGCUGCCGUGGGAUAAACUCGUUGGAUUAACGACAGAUGGUGCGCCAGCGAUGUGCGGUAAAAAGAGUGGACUGGUGGGCAUGGUCCGGGAGAAGAUGCGGGAAGAGAACUGUGCAGGUGAGCUAACUGUUUACCACUGCAUCAUACAUCAGGAAUCACUGUGUGCCAAAGCCGUAAAGAUGGAACAUGUUAUGACCACAGUAACACAGGUAGUUAACUUUAUAAGAGCCAAAGGUCUGAAUCACCGCCAGUUUACAUUUUUUCUAGAGGAGUGUGGUUCGGAAUACGCAGACGUGCCGUAUCACACAGAGGUGAGAUGGCUAAGCAGAGUAAAAGUACUGAACAGAUGUUUCGAGCUGCGUGAGGAAAUAUGUCAAUUCCUGGAAACCAAAGGGAAGGAUACAGCAGAGCUCCGGGAGCAAAAGUUUCUGUGUGAGCUGGCCUUUCUCUGUGACAUCUCGAGCCAUCUCGAUGCGCUGAACCUGCAGCUUCAGGGGCGGGGGCGCAUCAUCACAGACAUGUACGCUGCAGUGAGGGCCUUUAAAACUAAACUGUGCCUGUGGGAGAAUCAGAUGCUGCAAGGAAACCCUUGCCAUUUUCCCUGCUGCCAAACCAUAAAAGCGCAGAUCUCUACCGCCGUGUUCCCAUGCGCACAGUUUGCUGAAAAACUCAGUGUUCUCGCCGCUGAGUUUAGCCGGCGAUUUGCCGACUUCGAUGUCCAGAAAUGUAGGUUUGAACUGCUUAGUAAUCCCUUCGCAGUUGAUGUGGAAAAUGCACCAACCAACAUCCAAAUGGAGCUGAUUGAACUCCAGUGCAACGACACGCUGAAGUCAAAGUAUGAUGCUGUGGCCGCCGCACAGUUUCCACGGUUCAUCCCUGACACAAUGCCUCAGCUCCGCACCCAAGCUGCUCAGAUGCUCUCCAUGUUUGGCAGCACUUAUCUAUGCGAGCAACUUUUCUCCUCGAUGAAGAUGACCAAAACAACUCACAGGAGACGUCUGACUGAUGAACACCUUCGCUCGAUACUGAGGAUUUCUUCAGCUCAGAGCCUGAGCCCAGACAUUGAUGAACUAGCAUCCAAGAAGAGAUGCCAGGUAUCUGGCUUGGGCACAUCAGAUUAGAUCAGUGUGCAAUAAUUAACAUUUUCUUUGUGCACUUUUUCUUGCUACAAGGCAUGGGCUUGAAUGGUUGAUUGAUUUAUUAUCAUUUUAUUUGUAGAAUUAUUAGCCAGUGGAAAAAGUUUAUUUUGGUAUUUAAAUCAGAAGGCUGCAAAUAGAAAAGAGUCAUACGAUUUUUAUUUAAAUUUUAUUUAUUUAAUAAAUGAAUGCCAUUGAUGUGUUUUUUCAUUUGAAAUUCGAUUUUGCAUGUCUCCACUAUUAAAUUAUAUAUUGUAUGGUAAUAAGCGAUGCUUGUUCCAUAUUCAAUGUUAAAGCAAAACUUGUUUGGGUCCAUAUUAAAAGGUUCAUUUGUUCAAUGUUGGCCCGCGACUUUGUUCAGGUUUUACAUUUUGGCCCACUGGGUAUUUCAGUUUGACACCCCUGCUCUAGGCUAUCCACAAACACACAAAGGAUGAAUACCAGCACACACAUGAACACACACUGCCAUUACCUACUGGGCUGGACAUCAUCUAUCCAAGCCUCUCAUCAAAGAUCACUUUCCAGCCCCCAAGCAGAGACACACUUCCAUCCAUUCUGGGAUCCAAUGGAGGCUGGGUUUUCAUGGAUACUGCCCCGAGGCAAGGACAGGGGAAGCCCCAGAUUUUUCUAAUCAGGGACAAGAGUUGUGUCUCUGGUGGAUUCGGUCGUGAGUGUGUGUGUGUGUGUGUUACUCAUGAACUCAUGGUGAGUGAAGAGUAGCGUUAACUAUCCAACUAAGAAAUACAUACUUAAGGCCUUUUUUCAACGCUAUGUUCUUAGCUAGCUUAUCCUGUGUUCACACAAGCAUUUGUUAACCCAGGCUGUAUCACAACCAGCCGUGAUUGGGUGUCCCAGAGGGCGGCACAUAAUUGGCCCAGCAUCGUUGGGGUUUGGCCAGAGUAGGCGGUCAUUGUAAAUAAGAAUUUGUUCUUCAAAAAGAAAGGAGGACCAAGGCACUCUUCAUAUAAUUAAUUAAAAUGCCUUUAUUAGUAUGGCAUGUUCAAUAGAAACAAAGUAUUAAGUCAGGGAGUACAAAGAAAUAAUACAAUGUCCUCUUUUGAACAGCUUUUCCAAUUAGCCCUAAUUAGAAGAGGGAGUGGUUACAAAAUUGAUUGGCCACACCUAGUAAGCAAUUCUAUUCACAUUAAAAAGUGAAAUACUGUAGCUGUGUUAUCAUAAAAAUACAACUCCAAGCUAGAAGUAUCAGGACACUUAGAAAGGUAGUUUUAACCUUAAACAUGACUGGGAGAAGUGUCAAGAAUAAGAAAGCAAUAUAUUCCAUAGUACACUAGAACACAGCAAAACAUGAACAACAACAGUCUAAACAUAGCUGAGGGCAAUUGAGGAAAAUGUGCACUAGAUGACAGCAAAUGGACCUAUCACGACCCUACAGGAAGGGUGAGAAAUCCAUAUCUUCAUUUAAACCCGGGUAUUUAGUGGCCUGUAGUUUGUAAAUCCCCAAACUUUCCCUUUGGUUUAACUGUUUAAG